UGUUGAUACUGAUAUCGCAUACUGGCAUGCGUGAGGACUGUAUAAGGUUCGCCUGUUCCGCUGCCACAGCGAAGAUGGCAGACGCUCUGAGCAAAGUGCCCGACAUCGACAUUGAUCCAGAGGGAAAGUUUAAAUACAUAUUAGUGAACAUAAAGGUUAAAGGUGGAACGGAACAAAAAGUGAUAGUGAGGGGAACUAAAACUGCGGAGUACCACAAUCACAUAUUUGAAAAAGUGAAUUCUGCUAUGGAGGCCUUGGGACUGGAGUGUAGUUGUCUUGGUGGCGGCAAGAUAGAGCACAACAACACAGAAAAGAAACUUCGAGUGUUUGGAGAGUCUACGGGAUAUGGGAAGGCUGACCAUGCUGUCACAGUGGAAAAGCUAAAAUCUGUCUUCAAAGACUAUGAAAUCAUUAUGGAAUAAAAGACUAAAUUGAUCACUUUAAAUGGGCAUGAAUAUUUUGUGAAAGUACACAGUUUGAUAGCACUUCAGCUUAUUUUUUAUUCCCUUAUUUUCAUUUGGAUAAAAAUUUAUGCUGAUGAGAUGGUUAAUAAAUGUUCACUGAUCUGUCAGCAGUGUCAAAGUUGAGGUUAGAUCGCUGACCUUGAUAGCGAGGUCUAACGUGUCUAUGAUUCAUGGUAUGUCUAAUUAACUUGUUACUGGACUUCGUUGAGAAAUUUGGCUUUGAGAUACAAGCAUACACAUUUUUAUGGAUCCAUAUUUGGUAAAAAAAACAUUUUACUGAAUCAGUCACCAUUACAAUUAAAUUGUAAAGGCCCAUUAUUGUGUAAAGUCUUACAUUUAUAUAAUUAUAGUGCAUAUGGAUCUUAUUUUAGACAUGGCAUGUGUUUUGAACAUAAGUGAUUUUUCCAUCCUGUUUCUAAGUUAAAACCCUUACCAGUUUCCUCUAGCCUACCGUGAGACCCUGAAUAUGACCCUCAUUGUCUAUUUCCAUUAAAAGGUUAAAUGAGAGAGCUUACACAGAAAAACUAUUAUUUACACUAAAUGGUGUAUUCAUUGUUCAAAUAAAAUGAUCCUGAAAGGUGCCAAGUGUUUUGAUUUUUAGCAGAGGCCUUCUCAAAAAGGAAAAAAGGUUUGAUAU